CCCUGAAAGCAUCUCUCUGAAAACAGCUGGCUGAUUCCCAAGUCUCUCUCAAGUCUCCCAGUUUUUCUUCUCUAGGGGUGCAAGAGCAGAGCAGGACACUGAGAUCGUAGGGUUUAGGGAUGCUCUCAGAUCUGCUAUUUAGUCUCGUGUUCCUCUAAGCCGUUCUGGAGCCCGACAACUUAAAAGUAUUUGGGGCUAGCGAACAGCCAGCGAGCAGUGGAGGAGGUGUGUGCUGGAGGUGGGCAGUCGCUGGGAGGCUCUAGUGGUGGGUACUUCUUUGUAGCAACAGUAGCAGCUAGCUUGGGCAAGCAAUCCCCAGCACAAACUCCAGAGACACCAUGCCUGCACCCCCACCUGGCCUCCGGCUUUCCUGCUAAGAGGAAGAGGGGCGGUGGCGAAUGCCUCCCGCUGUACAGAGCGAGAAUAGAACCUCGCGCGGGCACAGGAACCCGGGCGCACCAUGGCCGAUACAGAUGAGGGCUUUGGCCUGGCGCGCACGCCUCUGGAGCCUGAUUCCAAAGACAGGUCUUGCGAUUCGAAACCUGAGAGUGCUCUGGGGGCUCCCAGCAAGUCUCCAUCAUCCCCGCAGGCCGCCUUCACCCAGCAGGGCAUGGAAGGAAUCAAAGUGUUUCUUCAUGAACGUGAACUGUGGCUGAAGUUCCACGAAGUGGGCACAGAGAUGAUCAUCACCAAGGCAGGGAGGCGAAUGUUUCCUAGUUACAAAGUGAAGGUGACUGGCCUUAAUCCCAAAACGAAGUAUAUUCUUCUCAUGGAUAUUGUUCCCGCAGAUGACCACAGAUAUAAAUUUGCUGAUAACAAAUGGUCCGUAACUGGCAAAGCCGAGCCUGCCAUGCCGGGGCGCCUUUACGUGCACCCGGACUCCCCAGCAACCGGAGCCCACUGGAUGCGACAACUUGUCUCCUUCCAGAAGCUCAAGCUCACCAACAACCAUCUGGACCCGUUUGGACACAUUAUCCUGAACUCCAUGCACAAAUACCAGCCCCGAUUACACAUCGUGAAAGCAGACGAAAAUAAUGGGUUCGGUUCAAAGAACACUGCGUUUUGCACCCACGUCUUCCCGGAGACAGCUUUUAUCGCUGUGACUUCGUACCAGAAUCACAAGAUCACACAGCUGAAAAUUGAGAACAACCCCUUCGCCAAAGGCUUUCGGGGCAGUGAUGACCUGGAGUUACACAGGAUGUCUCGGAUGCAAAGUAAAGAGUAUCCUGUGGUUCCCAGGAGCACAGUGAGGCACAAAGUCACCUCCAACCAUAGCCCCUUCAGCAGCGAGACCCGAGCUCUCUCCACCUCAUCCAAUUUAGGGUCCCAGUACCAGUGUGAGAAUGGUGUCUCUGGCCCCUCCCAGGACCUUCUGCCCCCGCCUAACCCAUACCCACUGGCCCAGGAGCACAGCCAAAUUUACCACUGUACCAAGAGGAAAGAUGAGGAAUGUUCCAGCACGGAGCACCCCUAUAAGAAGCCGUACAUGGAGACAUCCCCCAGCGAGGAAGACACCUUCUAUCGCUCGGGCUACCCCCAGCAGCAGGGCCUGAGUACCUCUUACAGGACAGAGUCGGCCCAGCGGCAGGCCUGCAUGUAUGCCAGCUCCGCUCCCCCCAGCGAGCCCGUGCCUAGCCUGGAGGACAUCAGCUGUAACACAUGGCCCAGCAUGCCAUCCUAUAGCAGCUGUACAGUCACCACCGUGCAGCCCAUGGACCGUCUUCCCUACCAGCACUUCUCCGCUCAUUUCACCUCGGGGCCCCUGGUCCCUCGGCUGGCUGGCAUGGCCAACCAUGGUUCUCCCCAGCUCGGCGAAGGGAUGUUCCAGCACCAGACCUCAGUGGCCCAUCAGCCUGUGGUCAGGCAGUGCGGGCCUCAGACUGGCCUUCAGUCUCCGGGCGGCCUCCAGCCCCCAGAGUUUCUCUACACUCACGGCGUGCCCAGGACCCUGUCCCCCCAUCAGUAUCACUCAGUACACGGCGUCAGCAUGGUGCCAGAGUGGAGUGAGAAUAGCUAAAGGCCGACCUAUGCCAGAGAAGGGGGAGAGAG